UACACUCUGCAGACCCACCGCACUCUCACACUCUCUGUGGCAGCGGAGAGUUCUAGACUCGCCCCUGCCGUCUAUCUUCCCACUUCUCCUCGGCGUUGCCUGAAGCUGGAGAGGCUAAAAGCCACCGAGAACUACGUUAUUCUUCCAAUUUUUUCCGUCUUCCCUCGCUCUCUUGUUCUGCGGCAUGAAGGAAGCCGCAAAGCCUCCGCAGAGUUCGGCCGUUGUCUCAGAUUUGAAGGCACUCUUCUGUCCUUUCAGGACUCGGAGGACCAAGGUCUUCCUAUACGGAUCCGCCUUCGCCUUUGUGGCCUUCAGUGCUUACUUAGCUUUCUGCCCACCGGAAAAGACCUCGCCUUGGUUCAACAGCCUCUUCACUUCGGCCAACGUCUCCACCGCUCCCUACAGAUCUCAAAUAUCCUCCCUUGUCUCCUACAUCUUCCCCAUUUCUUCUCCUCCGCCGUCGCUGGAAAAUGUGGCGCCUUCGCCGGAUAAUAUGCCGGCUGACGGCGGUGGGGCCCAGAAAGGCGGGAUCUUGGGGGGUAAUGCGACGAGUGCAGCAGGUGGAGUUUCCGGGAGUAACAAGACGGUCGAGGGCGUGGGGGUGAAGAAAGGUGGGGGAUUGGCGGCGAAGAACCAGACGGCAAGUGAAAUUGGGUUGCCGAAAAGUGGUGUUGCGGAGAAAAAUCGCACGGCCAGUGGAAGCGGGUUGCAGGGAGGUGGAGAUUCCAUGAAGAACCACACGAUAAAGGGAGGAAACGGGAUUUCGACCAGUGAUCAAGGAAAGGAUGGAGUUGGUUCUGCGAAAGCCACAACCUUGACGACGAAGAAUCAGACUACAUCCGGAGUUGGUCCUCCAAAAUCUGGAGAUUCGCCAUCGAAGAAUCAGACUAAGGUCGAAGACGGUUCUAAGAAAGAUGCAAUCUUGGCAGCGAAAAACCUGACAGUAACUGGAGCUCCUCUAAAGAAUAAUGAGACUGCAACUGGAGUAGGCUCUUUGAAAAAUGGGCAUUUACCAGUGAAGAAUCAGACGGGAAAAGGGGUUGCUUCGAAAGCAAGUCCAGUCCCCCCAAAUGGUAAGGAAUCAGGUACUAAUGCUCCUAAAAAUGGAGCUGCAGCAAAUAACCAAUCCAGCAGUGGGCUUCCCUCAGUUACAAAGAGUACCGGAGCUACUCCAAAGAAGGAUAAGGAAGGGGCUUCAGGUUUAUCAGAUUCGCUCGUGAAAAGAAAUGGUUCGUCAGCACCAACUUCUGGUGGUGAUGGAAGGAAACAGGUGGAUUGGAUCAAUGCUAUGAAAGGUUGUGAUAUUUUUCAAGGAAGGUGGGUGAAAGAUGAUUCGUACCCACUCUAUCCUGAGGGGUCCUGCCCUCACAUCGAUGAACCUUUUGAUUGUUAUCACAAUGGCCGGCCUGAUCGGGCUUACCAGAAGCUCCGCUGGCUGCCUAAUGGCUGCAGCAUUCCAAGAUUGAAUGCAACUGAUAUGUUGGAGAGAUUGAGAGGAAAACGGCUGGUGUUUGUUGGUGACUCACUGAAUAGAAACAUGUGGGAGUCUUUAGUUUGUAUUCUGAGAAACUCUAUUGAGGAUCAAAGGAAGGUCUUUGAGGCCUCUGGCAGGCAUGAAUUCAGAACAGAGGGCUCUUAUUCUUUUGUGUUUGAGGACUUCAAUUGUUCCGUGGAGUUCUUCCGCUCGCCGUUCCUUGUUCAGGAAUGGGAGACGCCCGGAAGCAAUGGAAACAAAAAGGAGACACUUAGGCUUGACAUAAUCGAGAGAUCAUCGGCCAAGUACAAGGAUGCAGAUGUUCUUGUCUUUAACACAGGGCACUGGUGGACACAUGAGAAGACCUCAAAAGGGAAAGACUACUAUCAAGAAGGCAACCAUAUUUACAGUGACUUGAAUGUCGUCAAUGCAUUUCACAAAGCUCUCAACACUUGGGCCAAAUGGGUGGAUGCCAAUGUAAACUCCAAGAAUUCCCUAGUUUUCUUCAGAGGCUAUUCUGUCACCCAUUUCAGUGGUGGCCGAUGGAAUUCUGGUGGGCAAUGCGACAAGGAGACGGAACCCAUCAAGAAUGAGAAAUAUCUUUCAUCCUAUCCAUGGAAGAUGACUGUUCUGGAAUCAGUAAUUAAGGGAAUGAAAACCCCUGUUGGUUAUCUAAAUAUUACGACAUUGACUGACUACAGGAAGGAUGCCCACCCUUCCAUAUACCGUAAGCAGAAUUUGACAGAGGAGGAGAGGAGAUCGCCUGAGAGAUAUCAGGAUUGCAGUCAUUGGUGCUUGCCUGGGGUGCCUGAUUCUUGGAAUGAGCUACUAUACGCGCAGCUAAUCGUCAAACAGCAUCAGCUGCUGUAACAAAAAUUGAACAAGCAUGAGAAUAAUACAGUGGAGUUGUAUGUUAAUUUCCUAUGAGGUAAUAAGUAAACUUGAGUGAUCAAAAUGAAGAUUUACUUACGGAGCAUUAAAUACAUGUUUCUGGAGAAGAAGUGUUAGAUAUAAUUAGUUUAUGCAACAAGAGAGGGAAAACGUAUUAGUGAGUUUUUCCCCA